UCAUCCUAUGCUUCUCUUAUUUAAACCCACUUUUGCUCCUCUUCAGUUCUCACAACCUGCUCGAUUUUUUUUCCUCUCCAGAAACCUAAACAAAAAGCAUUCAAGUUGUGAAAGCUGAAAAUGGUUCAUUAUCUGCCAAAGGAUGAGAAUCUUGCUUUAGCUUUCGAUGGAUCCGAAUCCAAUAUACCCCGUCAGUUCAUAUGGCCCGACGACGAGAAACCAUGCCUCGACGCACCGGAACUCGUGAUUCCCACGAUCGACGUGGGAGCUCUCGUGUGCGGGGGUGACCCUCUUGCCGUGUCGAGAGCGGCGGAGGCAGUGAACGAGGCAUGCAAGAAGCAUGGGUUUUUCAUGGUCGUAAACCAUGGGGUGGAUUCCGGGCUUAUAGUCAGAGCUCAACGGUACAUGGACGUGUUCUUUGGCAUGCAACUCUCCGAGAAGCAAAAGGCGCUGAGAAAAGUAGGGGAAAGCUAUGGGUAUGCCAGUAGUUUCGUUGGUAGGUUUUCCUCCAAGUUGCCAUGGAAAGAAACACUUUCUUUUCGAUUUCGACCUGACACUCCAAACAUCGUCCACCACUAUAUGGUCAACCGGAUGGGUGAAGAUUUUCAAGAUUUCGGAAGGAUUUAUCAGGAAUAUUGUGAAGCCAUGAACAAAUUAUCUCUGAAGUUAAUGGAGCUGCUAGGGGCAAGUCUAGGACUUGACCAAGCCUACUUCAAAGACUUCUUCCAAGAAAAUGAUUCAAUCUUGAGACUGAACCACUAUCCGCCAUGCCAAAAGCCGAAUUCGACACUCGGAACCGGUCCUCACUCCGAUCCCACUUCCUUAACAAUCCUUCACCAGGAUCAAGUUGGUGGCCUUCAAGUGUUUUCAGAUGAAAAGUGGCACUCCAUUGCUCCCAUCCCAGGAGCUUUCGUUGUCAACGUUGGCGACACAUUCAUGGCUCUAUCGAACGGCAUUUACAAGAGCUGCUUACACAGAGCAGUAGUGAAUAAUCGAAGUGUUAGAAGAUCACUCGCAUUCUUUCUAUGUCCAAAGAUGGAUAAGGCGGUAACACCAGCAGCCUGCUUAGUGAACGCAGCAAAUCCAAGGAGAUACCCGACCUUUACGUGGGCAAGUUUGCUGGAAUUUACGCAGAUACAUUACCGCGCUGACAUGAAAACUCUCGAUGCAUUCUCCAAAUGGGUUCAAGAACAAGAAUCAAACAAAAAUGCAAUAGCACCUUAAGCAAUGAUUUUGGGAUAUUAAAUGAAAUACGAGGGAAGCAUUUAUUUUCUUGUUCAUGGUGGGUCUAAGAUAGAGAGAUACAGAAGGAAAAGGAACAAUAGUAUAUAGGAGAAGCUUAAUUAGUCCUUCGGAGAAUUAUUUGACUUAUUUAUAAAUUUUAAAUCUCUUAUUUC